GCUGCUCGUCACUGGCACCGAGGAGUGUGCGAUCGGAAGCUAUCAUCUGGCUGUCAGCCGAUGGUAAACAGUUCUCCGGUAUACACCGCGGUGCGCAGACGUGCGUACGUACGUAGUGCAACGUAUGCACGUGUGCAUACGCGUGUAUAUGUGAACGAGCCUAUAAAGAGAGAGAGAGAAAGAGAGAGAGAGAGAGAGAGAGAUAGAAAUAAUUGAAUACACAUUCUCGUCUGUCCACGCGCGCUUUAUUUACUCGUGACGUGGGGUGACUCCGGCAUGAGGACCACCAUCUGAUAUCGCAGCCAAAAGUGCAUUCACUAUCGUGCUUGUCAUCGUGGUAACGGAUCUCUUCAGGUGCAAUCACCGUGGAGCUCCGAGAAGACAUGCAAUCGGACAAGCCGUGGAUGCAGCCGCGAGCCGGCAGUGGCGGGGCCCAUCCGGGCGGGACAGGUGACGAUGAGGCCCCAAAAGACCCGGGCGCGCGGAUCACCCAUCAGUCUUACACGGAAAAAGAUUAUGAAGGUCACAGGGCGCACACGGUGUAUGUGGGCGUGCAUUUACCAGGGGAGAGGAGACACCGUCGGCACCAUAAGCACCAUCAUUCACAACGGCAGUCGUACCCCUGUGGUAAGGAGGACUCCGACAGCGAUAGACCGAGACAAUUGUUGAUGGCGCGCAGGGGUCGUCUCGCUAGCAUCUGCGACCCCGCCGGCGAGAUGAUAUUCACUCCGCCAGCCCAGAGAGUACAGUUUAUCCUUGGCGAAGAAGUCGGUGACGAUGCACACGAAUCGCAUCCGUUGUUCUCGGAGAUGGAGGAGCUCGUCAAAGAUGGCGAUGAAAUGGAAUGGAAGGAAACAGCGAGAUGGAUCAAGUUCGAGGAAGAUGUUGAAGAAGGCGGCAAUAGGUGGAGCAAACCUCAUGUUGCCACUUUAUCACUGCACUCACUCUUUGAGUUAAGGAGCCUGCUUUUAAAUGGAACCGUUAUGCUCGAUAUGGAAGCAGGCAGCUUAGAACAAAUAGCUGAUCUUGUUCUCGAUAAUAUGAUAAAUAAAGGAGUACUGUCAGUCGAAUUGCGAGAGAAGGUGAGAGAAGCCCUUCUCGUCCGACAUCGACACCAACAUGAGAGACGUAAAGACAAUAAUAUGUCAAAGUUACCGAUCAUAAGAUCGUUAGCUGAGAUAGGACGCAAUCAUUCCUCCUCGAAGAAUUGCGACUGUUCAUGUGGUAUGCAUGCCUUGUUGACGUCAGAUUUGCAGGAGCGUCGUGAUCCGAAGGAUACUUACGUACCGUCCGUCGCUCGUAGCAGCAGCUGCCCGAACUCGAACACGGCCCCGCUGUCGAAAGAGGCGAAAGACCUCAAAGGGCCGUACCUUCUGGUUCCAGUGGAGGAAUCGAAUUCCGCUCCGGCGAUCGCCGGCGCAACAAGUCAGGGCAGUGGAGCAGCGCUGAAUGCUGGUAGCCGCUUCCUUGCGAUACCCGGCAAUCCCGGCCAAGAACCAGGCAGCAACGGCAUGGAUCGGAGUCCCAGCAGCGUGUCCAUCAGCAGAAAUCACAGCUCUUCCGCUUUAGAGAACGGAGACGCUAAUCACAGGGGUAAUACGCACUUUAUGAGGAAGAUACCUGCCGGCGCUGAGGCAAGCAACAUACUCGUAGGUGAGGUCGAUUUCCUCGACAAGACUUUAUCCGCAUUCAUCCGGUUAAGCCAAGCUGGAAUGAUGGGGGACUUGACAGAAGUUCCUGUUCCGACAAGAUUCAUUUUUGUCCUCCUGGGACCCAUGGGCGGGAUUUCGGGUUUCCACGAGAUUGGUCGAGCUAUGGCGACCUUGAUGUCCGACGAAGUCUUCCACGAUGUGGCUUACAAGGCGAAAAAUAGAAAUCAUCUCUUAGCUGGUAUUGACGAGUUCCUAGACGCCGUGACGGUAUUACCACCUGGUGAGUGGGAUCCAGCAAUCAGAAUAGAACCGCCAGCCGCUAUACCGUCGCAGGAAGUCAGAAAGAGACCCAAAGAGGAAAAGCCUAAGGAAGAGUUCGACGAGGAAGCUGAUGAACAAAAGCUAAGGGAGGAAUCCGGCCUUUCAAGAACCGGUAGAUUGUUCGGCGGUCUGAUUAACGACGUUAAAAGGAAAGGUCCAUUUUACUUUUCUGAUUUCAAGGAUGCUCUUGCACUUCAAUGCGUCGCGUCUUUUAUUUUCUUGUAUUUCGCCUGCUUAUCACCUAUUAUUACUUUCGGUGGCCUCCUCAGCGAAGCUACCGGAAAAAAUAUGGCUGCUAUGGAGUCGCUAGUUUCCGGUUUCGUUUGCGGUAUUGGAUAUGGCUUCUUCUCUGGUCAGCCAUUGACUAUACUUGGUUCCACUGGUCCAGUUCUAGUUUUCGAGACGAUUGUCUACGAAUUCUGCAAAAAGGUCGACUGGACUUACAUGUCUUUUCGUUUCUGGAUCGGUACAUGGAUCUCCGUAAUUUUGAUGAUUCUCGUGGCUCUUGACGCAAGUGCUUGCGUCUGUUAUAUCACUCGAUUUACGGAGGAAAAUUUUGCCACCCUUAUUGCUUUCAUUUUUAUCUAUAAGGCAAUCGAAAAUGUGCUGUCAAUUGGUAAGAAAUAUCCUUUAAAUACCUAUCCUGACGAUACAUUGGGCUACGAUUGCUGGUGCAAACCUCCGAAUACCAGUCUACCAUCCAGUUAUAACAGUAUGAAUUGGACGAUGUUAGAUAAAACAACUUGCGAGAAUUACAAUGGCACUAUGGUGGGCGAUGGCUGCAACAUACCACAUUAUGUACCCGACGUGUUCCUUAUGUCAAUUAUCCUAUUCAUGGGCACGUUCUUACUAUCAAUAGAGCUCAAAGAUUUCAAGAACGCUUUAUUUUUUCCCUCAAAGGUAAGGCAAGUGGUGAGCGAUUUUGCAGUAAUAAUCGCGAUAUUCUCUAUGAGCACGUUGGAUCAUGUCGUGGGUAUUCCAACACCGAAAUUAGAGGUGCCAACGGAGUUCAAACCAACAUUGGAAGGACGAGGAUGGAUAAUCUGGCCUUUUCAAGGGAAUCCGUGGUGGAGUGCUAUCGGAGCAUGCCUCCCUGCUUUAUUGGGCACUAUAUUGAUCUUCAUGGAUCAGCAAAUCACGGCCGUUAUUGUUAAUAGAAAAGAAAACAAGUUAAAGAAAGGAUGCGGGUACCACCUAGAUCUUUUUGUGCUGGCGAUCUUGAUCGAGAUAUGCUCGGUAAUGGGACUUCCGUGGUUUGUCGCAGCGACAGUUCUCUCCAUAAAUCACGUGAACUCAUUGAAAUUAGAAUCCGAGUGCGCCGCGCCGGGAGAGAAGCCGCAGUUUCUAGGUGUCCGCGAACAAAGAGUUACUCACAUACUGAUUUUCCUGAUGAUCGGGUGCUCGGUGCUCCUAACACCGAUGCUAAGAAACAUACCGAUGCCGGUGCUGUUUGGUGUCUUCCUGUAUAUGGGUGUCGCGUCGCUAAAAGGUCUUCAAUUCUUCGAUAGGAUUCUAAUAAUGUUGAUGCCCGUUAAAUAUCAACCAGACUACAUGUUUCUUCGCCAGGUUCCAUUGAAACGCGUACACAUGUUCACUGCGAUUCAACUUGCUUGCCUCGCCUGUUUGUGGCUCAUAAAAUCCUUUAGUCAUACUUCUAUUUUAUUUCCUUUAAUGCUCGUGGUAAUGAUUGGUAUACGUAAAUCCCUGGAUUUGAUGUUUACGCAACGCGAGCUGAAAAUCCUCGACGACAUAAUGCCGGAAACAACCAAGAAACACGCCGAUGAUCUUCGUAAGCUGGAGAACGGCGAGGAUCAAAACGAAACGAUGGGAUAUGGACCUCCGGAGAACAUUCAGAUCUCUUUAGCUAAUGGGAACAUCAUGAAGAUUCCUUUAGCGAGUAUCAAUAUCAGUGAAGAGGUGAACAAAACUGGUAUCUGGCAACAAGUCAAUGAAGGCAACGAAAAAACGAAACAAUCAAAAUCACUAAUCAAUGUGGGAAAGCAAAAGAAACAUCCAAAGAAGGACAACUCGUUGCUGACCGACGAGACAACGAGGCUGACGACAAUGACCGAAGAGGACGAGGAUGACGGUGGAAUCUCGAUCAAGGUAGAUUUAAUACGAUCCAAGGAAAGCAUCAGUCCUUUAAAAGCAAAUGGUACUACCUCAGCCGAAACUUCCGUUUAACAAGAGGACAGCGAAAACAAACAUAUGCUAAUACAAUCUAUAAGCUUCUUUACUCGAUUGUUUCAAGACUUUCAUUUUUAGA